AUGACGGUACACCGCUCGCGCCCUGCCCCUAGCGACGCCGCCAGAGACCGCUUUACCUGCCAGCGUGCUGACCUGACGGCGUGGAAGUCGCGUGACGCUGCGGCCUGCAUCGCUCUUAGCAGCCUCCUCCCUGAGUCUGAGGAGGCCCACUUCACUCAGGUUCGCACUGCUAUUGAGUUCCUGACUGCAAUCAAGGCCCGCUACGCUACUCCCACCACUGUCUCUCUCGGCCGCCUCUUCCUACCGUUCUUGUUCCCUGACCUCGCCUCGUUUGAGUGCUCUGCUGACUUGAUUGCUCACCUCCGCUCACUCGAUUCUAGCUACCCCGCUGCUUGCACUGACGCACAGCUUGCACUGCUUCCCCCUCCCAUGGUGAUUACUAUCUACUUCAUUGCCACUAGCCUCCCUGACCGCCUUGCCUCGGUUCAUGACACGCUUCUUCUGAAGCACCCUAGUGAGCUCACUAUCGAGGUCCUUGAGUCUGCGCUCAAGGACAUCGAGAGCAAUCUCUGCUCCGUAGCCUCCGCCUCUGGUGCUGUGCCCCCUCCACUAUUUCACGGGUGCACUGUCCCUCAGCUGCCCACUUUUACUGCCUCACUAGCCACUGCCACUACUGACGUGACCAAAGCUGCUGUUACAACUUCGUCACGGUCUCGAGGUAGGGGUGGCAGGAGGGGCGGUCAGGGUGCAGGAGGCGGUGGGGGUGACGUGCCGACCGGUGGCGGCGUUAGCGGUGGAGGUGGUGGGGGUGACGCGCCAACCGGUGGCGGCGGGAGCGCAGGGCCUGGAGAGGCGUCUCGUGCAGCGGCCAGUGACUCCCCUACUGCAGUUGGUGGAGGCGACACCUGCACUCGUCAGCCUCCUCCUGGUCUGCCGGCCGCGGUCGCUGUGUCUGGUCAGGUUCCCAUGUCUGGUCCAGUUGUUGCGUCGUGCUCUUGCCGGUCGCUUGCACACCCCACCGUUCUGUGGCACCACCGGAUGGGGCACCCGUCCCUCCCUCGUCUGAACGCUAUGUCUCGUCAGAGUCUUGUCUUAGGCCUCCUGCAUGUCUUGCCGUCGCUGCCGCCUUCGCUUGCACCGCCGUGCGGUCCCUGCAUUGAGGGUCGGCUGCGCGCCAACCCUCACUCCUCCUCCCUUCGUCCAGCCACCAAGCCUUUUGAGACGCUCCACUUGGACGUCUGGGGCCCCGCCCCUCGCUUUGGCCCUGAGCGCGAGCGUUUCUUUCUGGUGGUCGUUGACGACUACUCCCGCUACACCAUAGUGUUCCCCUUGGCGAAGAAGUCUGAGGUGACUUCUACGUACGCCGCUCACCAGCUGAACCUCUGGCCACGCGUCUCUCGGCCAGAGGCUUCACCGACCAGUCUUUGGACCGGGUCCCCUGGUGUUGCAUCUAGGUUUCGUGUCUGGGGUUGCUUGGCUCUUGUCCGCGACACUUCCGCGGACAAGCUCUCGCCUCGCGCCGUUCCCUGUGUCUUCCUUGGUUUCCUUGAGGACUCCUCUGACUUCACCUUUUACCACCCUCCCUCUCACCUGUUCUUUGACUCACGUGACGUCCGUUUCGAGGAGUCCACCCCCUACUACGUCAGGUACCCGUGUCGAGCCCCGUCCGGUGUGUCUCAGGCUACCCCUCCCCCCUUGGUAGCCCCUCAGGUGCAGCCUCCUUCCCCGAAGUCCUCCUCGUAG